AUGACCAACAGAGAAGACAACGGGACAAACAUGUUCCACUCAAUCAAUUUGCGUCAGGCCAACGACGGCGUCUGGGCGAGAAAAGAGCUGUUUCUCAUCAGCAUAUACGAGGCAAAAAAUGCAAAUGAGCUCAAUCCAGUCCAAGUCUGCUCAACUGUGAAGGCUGACAAGACCAGUGCAGGCGGGAAAGGCUGGGUCAACGGACAGUCUUGCGCCAGGCCGGGACCGAAGCGUGUGAACUCAGGCUUGAAUGUGUGCACAGGCUGGCCAGCCAUUGGUCGGGGCUGCCUUCAUUACCGGUUCUCACAAUUCUCCUGUCAUCACGGCCGGAUGAGACAGAUCAGGCCGGCUGGACCGGUCCGGUCCGGUCCGACGGGCCAGACCGUUCAGGUGAAUUCGUAA